AGUAUUGGUCCCGUGUCGAUUUUGGAACAGACUAAUCUACCUCUGAGAUAGCGAAGUACCUCAUUGUUCUGUGAUAGCCGCGUAAUAAUUGGUUGGUAAACUCUAGACUAGAUAAGAUGUACUCUGUCUGGUUUGAUUAGCUUUUUAGACCUGGAACAGACCGGUUCACUCCCAAACUUGAUUAGCCAAGUUAAGUUCUGUAAGUUAAGCUUUUACUUCCACAAACGCGUAUUAGUUCAGCACAACCUAAGUAGGCCGUAAACCACCGUGACGCUAACUUGUACGAUUGCACCUGCCUACUACAACUGCCACCACAAUCAGCAAAUGGAACUGUGAGCUGCUGAAAGUACAAACUUGUGAGCAGAGAGAGAACGCAUCUGAUCAAACUUUAGAGGUGCACUCGUCGGGUAGACUGCAUGGUGUCUGGAGUUUACUCAGCUAAUUUGAAACUCAAAUUCAUUGUGUUGUGUGGUUCAUGUGUAAACUAAAAUGAAUUCUGAGCAAGAGAAAGUACCCAGCUUCCAUAUGGUUGCUGGUCGUGUGCCAUAUUCCGAUCAAAGUGAAGAUGAAGAUUAUGCACCAUUUGAGCAUCGCAAAGUCAGUAAGGCUAAUUCCUCACUGGGCACCCUAAUCCACCUGGUGAAGGGCUCGCUCGGCACCGGCAUCUUGGCCAUGCCGCUGGCGUUCAAAAAUGGCGGCCUAGUGUUUGGCUUGCUGGGAAUGGUCCUGGUGGCCACCAUCUACGCCCACUGUGUUCACAUGCUGGUCGGAACAGCGCAGAAAGCCUGCAAGCGGAGUCGCAUUCCGGUGCUGGGUUUCGCCGAAACGGCGGAGAAUGUGUUCGCCAACGGACCUCCGGGGGUGCGAAGGUUUGCCGGAUUCGCUGCCGCCUAUAUCGAUUACAUACUCCUGAUCGUGAGCUUCUUCUCGAUCUGCGUCUACCUCGUGUUCAUUUCAACAACCCUGCGAGACGUGCUCAACUAUGAGUUCAAGCUCGACUGGAGCAUCCGGAUCUACAUCUUGCUGACGUCGGCCGCGAUCGCGAUCAUCACCCAAGUUCGAGAGCUGAAGUACCUGGUUCCAUUUUCGUUGAUCGCGAACACCUCGAUCAUCGUAGUAUUUGCCAUCACGAUGGUUUACGUGUUCAAGGAACCGAUCACUUUCGACGAUCGACGUCUGUGGCCAGAGGCCACAAAUCUUCCGGCGUUUUUCGGUACAGCAGUUUACGCCAUUGAAGGCAUCGGUAUCGUGCUACCCGUGGAGAACAAGAUGAAACACCCGCAGCACUUCUUGCACCGCUUUGGAGUCCUGAACAUCGCGAUCUGCUCGAUCACCAUCCUGUACAACAUAACCGGCUUCUUCGGGUACGCCCUGUACGGAGAGGAAACCAAGGGCUCGAUCACGUUGAACCUCCCGAAUGAUCAAAUAUUAGCCAAAUCAACCCAACUCCUGGCGGCCGGCGCCAUCAUCUUCACGACCGGCCUCUACUAUUACGUCCCGAUGGAGAUCCUGUGGCGUAAGAUCGGACACCGGAUUCCGGAGGCGCGCUACAACCUGGCGCAGGCCGGCAUACGGUUCGCAAUCUUGGUGGCGAACGUGGGUCUGGCGAUGUUGGUGCCCCAGCUGGAACCGUUCAUUGGGUUUGUGGGCUCGAUCGGUUCGGCCACGCUGGCGCUGAUGACGCCGGUGGUGCUGGACACGAUCUUCCGAUGGCCGCACGAUUUCGGGUGGAUGAGGUGGCAGCUGGUGAAGAAUGCGGCACUGGGAUUGUUUGCGCUGCUGAUUUUGGGCGUGGGGACGUACUUUAGCAUGCUGGAUAUUAUAGCGAUCUAUGAGUGAUGACAAGGUUUAAAUAAAAUGUUAUUGGUA